UUAUAUAUUUGAAUGAGUUCCACUAGAUUUUGAUAAAUUUCUAAAAGGCUUCGUGGGAACACACAACUUUUCAAAAUAAUUUUAAAAUAGGGGAUCCGACCAUGCGUGCUAAAUGUCUUGGAUUGGCUUGUCAGUUCAGAAUUUUCUAUAUAUUCAUAUAAAUGAUAGGAAGACAAACAGCAGACCCUCUGUUUUGACAUCAGCCAUGGAGGGUUUGCCAGUGCCAUGUCUCUACAAAUUCCUCUUUCUCUUUGUCUCCUACUUGUUUUGUCAUGCAACUUAUUGUUCAUCAUCAUCAUCAUCUUCUUCUUCUUCUUCCUUUUCACCUCAGAUUUCUCUGCAAGAAGAGAAAUUUGUGUUGCUUCAAUUCAAGAACAGCCUCUCUUUCAGUGAGUUUUCUUCAUGUGGAGGUGGUUAUAAGAAGACAAGGCGUGGAUUGAGGGGACAGAUUGUUGCUCGUGGGAUGGGGUCAGUUGUGACCCUCUAACAGGACAUGUGAUUGGCCUUGACCUGAGUUGCAGUUGGCUUUCUGGCUCCAUCGAUUCUAACACGACUCUCUUCUCCUCUCUCACCUUCAAAACCUCAAUCUCGCUUUCAACAACUUCAACAACUCCAGAAUUCCACCAAACUUGGGACAGCUCGAGAGUUUGACGCAUCUCAAUCUAUCACAUUCAUAUUUUUCUGGACAAGUCCCAUCUGAAAUCUAUCAUUUAUCAAGAUUGGUGUCUCUUGAUCUGUCUUCCAGUUAUUAUGAUCAGUUAAAACUCAAAACAAUUGUUCUGAGAGAAAUGGUCGGUAAUCUUACAGAACUGAAGGAGCUUAUUCUUGACAGUGUAACAAUGAGUUUACAUGCACUUGGUCCCUUGGCAAAUUUGCCCUAUUCAUUAACAUCCCUCCAACUUUCUAACUGUGAAUUGCAAGGGGAAUUUCCUGCUCAUAUUUUUCAAUUACCUAACCUCCUUCAUGUUGGUUUAUCAGGAAACAAUUAUCUCACAGGAACUUUUCCAGAAUUCAAUCAGAGUAGUCUUCUUGAGUUCUUGGAUACUUCUUUCACUGGUUUCUCAGGGAAACUACCAGCUUCCAUUGGCAAUUUAAGGUUCUUGAAGCAUUUAGAUCUCACUGGCAGUGAUUUCUCAGGCGAACUGCCUGCUUCGAUUGGCAAUUUGAUGUCCUUACGGUACUUGGAUCUGUCUUUUACAAAGCUUGGAGGUUCUAUUCCAGCAUCCCUUGUUAACCUCUCAGCGCUUACCUAUUUGCGUACUAGAUAUUCCAACUUUACUGGUCAAAUUCCAUCUUCCCUUUCAAACCUUAAACAAGUCACUUUCCUAGAUCUAUCUGAGAACAAAUUCAGUGGCCAAAUCCCAGAUGAUCUUACUAGUUUAACACAACUUUCCCAUUUGGAUCUUUCGAAAAAUCAGCUGGUUGGUCCUAUUCCUUCUCAUGGAAAUGGCCUAGCAAAUCUAACCUUCCUCUCCCUUUCCAACAACCAACUUAGUGGGAAAAUACCAUCUUGGUUGUUUUCUCUACCAUCUUUGGAGCAAUUAGACCUUUCAGAAAAUCAGUUGAUGGGUCCUAUUGAUUCUUCUCCUUCAUUUGGCCUUUCAAAUCUAACCUAUCUUUACCUUUACAAUAACAAGCUAAGUGGAAAUAUACCAUCUUGGUUGUUUUCUCUGCCAUCUUUGAGGCACUUGGACCUUAGAAACAACAAGUUCACUGGUGAAAUUAGUGAAUUCCAGCCCAAGUCCCUAGAAUAUAUUUACCUAAGAAACAAUGAGAUUCAUGGCCCAAUUCCAGAAUCAUUUUCGGGACUCGAAAACCUUACUGGUCUUACUCUUUCAUCUUAUAACUUGAGUGGCUCAGUUGAUAUGAACAUACUUUCAAAGCUUAAACAUCUUGGGUACCUUAGCCUUUCAAAUUACAGUCUAUCUCUCGGUGUGAAUAACAGUGAUGAAUUUCCUGCUCUUGAAUUGUUGUCUUUGACGUCUUGCACAAUAAGAGAAUUCCCAAGCAGCAAUCAUACAUUACUCAAUGUUGACUCCUUGGUUUUGUCUUCCUGCAACAUAACUGAAUUUCCAAGUUUCUUAAAAAACCUCAAGAAAUUAAGGGUGCUGGAUCUUUCUGAUAAUAGAAUUCAAGGUGAGAUUCCCAGAUGGUUAUGGGAGACAGGAGAUGGCUUACUGUCUUACUUGAAUGUUUCACACAAUAGUUUGACGGAAGUGGGGGAAAUAUCAGGGAAUAAUCUGGAAAUUCUAGACAUGGGAUCCAACAAUCUUCAAGGUCCACUUCCCCUUCCUCCCAGGUCUGUGUGGUUUAUAGUAUCAAACAAUAAAUUAUCUGGAGAAAUUCCAUCCUCUAUCUGCAAUUCCAAUUUCCUUUCUAUUCUCGACUUGUCAAACAACAACUUCACUGGCAUGAUUCCAGGAUGCUUAUUCUCUAGCUUUACCAAUGGACUCUUAAUGUUGUACAUGAGAAUGAACAAUCUUCAGGGUGUUAUCCCUGAAGUUUUUGCAAGGGGAAAUCGUUUAAUGACUCUUGACCUGAACAGGAAUCAACUUCAAGGCCCAAUCCCACGUUCUCUAGUGAACUGCACGGGUUUGCAAGUUCUUGAUCUUGGAAUAACAAUAUAAAUGACACUUUUCCUGACUGGUUGGAAACACUUUCCAGUCUGCAAGUCCUUAUCUUGCGGUCUAUAGUUAUAUGGACACGUU